AUGGGGGAGCUUGUCCGGAGACUUGAUUACGAGCGACGAGCAAGUCACUUAUUCAAGAAAGACCCAAAGGCACGAUUUUUGACCAAAGAAUUCAGUCAACCUGUAAAGUCUGCCAAUGCUCUCGUUCAGAAAUCAAAAGUGAAAGCGCUCGCAAAUUUGAGAGAGGAAAUGAAAUAUUUUGGGAUAAAACAUGACCAGGAAAAAGAGAAUUUGGAAACUUUCCGUAAAGGACUUGGUCUGAAAUCUGUCAAUUUUCAAGAGUCAAGGUUUCAACAAACAAGGUGUAGGUCCUCCAUGGUGGUGAAGAGUUCACAUGAGUUAAGCGCUGACCGGAUAUUGCGUACUGUGCCAAGCAAUUACGUCCUCGACUUCGGGCCUGGAAACAGGCCGAUUUACACAACAAAUGAUCCUAAAAAGGUACGCCGUACUCUAUCCGCCUCGCACAGUCAAGCUUCGAAACCAGAACCACAACAAUCUUACAGAUCAAAAUCGGCAUUCUCACGACAAUUACCACGGAAUACAAGUAGAACGCCUUCGUCUGUAAAUGACAGAUUAUCGCAACCAGGUCAUAGACAGGGAUAUCCAUUCGCAAAGGAAGACUUACCGGGCUCUCACCAUCGACAGACAGCCGUCAGGCCCCAAAAGGUGGACACACUCAAGAGGCAUUCUUCCUCGUUCUCAGAUUCAGACGACGACAGUGUUUUCGAGGAAGAAAGGUUCGAAGGAGUCAUCGAAAAUGAAAACGACCCAUUUAACAGUAACCAAAAAUCAUAUCGUCAUCUCCGUGAAGAAUAUUCGGUCAAAUCAAAAAUAAUUCCAGACACACAUAAAGAGAAUUUAAAACGGUUGAAAAACAUCGAAUUAUCACAUUUGCAUGCUUUAGGGGAACGUGUCCACAAAUUCACAGCUGGUAUCCAUGCCCUUGCUUCAAGAAGGAAAUAUGCGACGUCAGUAAUCUCGCCUCUGAGCCUUUGA